AUGAGCGGGGUGUACCUGUGUUGGGAGGGUGGUGGGCUGUCUUCCCAGGGCCAGACCCUGCUCUGGUGCCUCCAACACCCCGGGCCCGCCGAGGAUGUUGGUGAUGAAGGAGAAGAAGAAAAAGAAUUCAUUUCCUAUAAUAUCAACAUAGACAUUCAUUAUGGAGUUAAGUCCAAUAGCUUGGCAUUCAUUAAACGCACUCCGGUAAUUGACGCAGACAAACCGGUGUCUUCUCAGCUCCGGGUGCUCACCCUCAGUGAAGACUCACCAUAUGAAACCUUGCAUUCUUUCAUUAGCAAUGCGGUGGCUCCUUUCUUUAAGUCCUAUAUCAGAGAGUCCGGCAAGGCGGACAGGGAUGGUGAUAAAAUGGCUCCCUCGGUUGAAAAAAAGAUUGCAGAACUUGAAAUGGGGCUCCUUCACUUGCAGCAGAAUAUUGAAAUUCCAGAGAUCAGCCUGCCAAUUCAUCCCAUUAUUACAAAUGUUGCAAAACAGUGUUAUGAGCGUGGAGAAAAGCCAAAAGUUACAGACUUUGGAGAUAAGGUUGAAGACCCAACUUUUCUCAAUCAAUUACAAUCAGGAGUUAACCGCUGGAUCCGAGAAAUUCAGAAGGUGACCAAACUUGAUAGAGACCCUGCCUCAGGAACAGCCUUGCAGGAAAUUAGUUUCUGGUUAAACUUGGAGCGGGCGCUGUACCGCAUCCAGGAGAAACGAGAGAGCCCCGAGGUCCUGCUUACUCUGGAUAUCUUGAAACAUGGCAAGCGCUUCCACGCCACCGUCAGUUUCGACACUGACACAGGUCUAAAACAGGCUUUGGAAACCGUGAAUGACUACAACCCUCUGAUGAAGGAUUUCCCUCUGAAUGACUUGCUGUCCGCCACUGAGCUGGACAAAAUAAGGCAGGCUCUUGUUGCAAUUUUCACCCAUUUGAGAAAGAUCCGGAACACAAAAUACCCCAUUCAGAGGGCACUGCGUUUGGUGGAAGCGAUUUCAAGAGACUUGAGUUCUCAGUUACUCAAAGUGCUGGGUACCAGAAAACUGAUGCAUGUUGCUUAUGAGGAAUUUGAAAAAGUUAUGGUCGCAUGCUUUGAAGUCUUUCAGACUUGGGAUGAUGAGUACGAGAAACUUCAGGUGCUGCUGAGAGACAUCGUCAAGAGGAAAAGGGAGGAAAACCUGAAGAUGGUGUGGCGGAUCAACCCCGCGCACAGGAAGCUUCAGGCUCGCCUCGACCAGAUGCGAAAGUUCCGACGCCAGCACGAGCAGCUGCGGGCUGUCAUUGUCAGGGUCCUGCGGCCACAGGUCGCUGCGGUUGCGCAGCAGAACCAGGGAGAGGUCCCCGAGCCCCAGGACAUGAAGGUGGCCGAGGUUCUCUUCGAUGCCGCAGAUGCGAACGCUAUCGAGGAGGUCAACCUGGCCUACGAGAACGUCAAGGAAGUGGACGGGCUGGACGUCUCCAAGGAAGGCACGGAAGCCUGGGAGGCCGCCAUGAAGAGAUACGACGAGCGAAUCGACAGGGUGGAGACCCGGAUCACCGCUCGCCUGCGGGAUCAGCUGGGCACGGCCAAGAACGCCAACGAGAUGUUCAGGAUUUUCUCCAGGUUCAACGCGCUGUUCGUCAGGCCUCACAUCCGCGGGGCCAUCCGCGAGUACCAGACCCAGCUCAUCCAGCGCGUGAAAGACGACAUCGAGUCUCUGCACGACAAGUUCAAGGUCCAGUACCCGCAGAGUCAGGCGUGUAAGAUGAGCCACGUGCGCGACCUGCCCCCGGUGUCGGGCUCCAUCAUCUGGGCGAAGCAGAUCGACCGCCAGCUGAGCGCCUACAUGAAGCGCGUGGAGGACGUGCUGGGCAAGGGCUGGGAGAACCACGUGGAGGGCCAGAAGCUGAAGCAGGACGGGGACAGCUUCCGCAUGAAGCUCAACACCCAGGAGAUCUUCGACGACUGGGCCCGGAAGGUGCAGCAGCGCAACCUGGGCGUCUCGGGCCGCAUCUUCACCAUCGAGAGCACCCGGGUCCGAGGCCGAACCGGAAACGUCCUCAAGCUGAAAGUUAACUUCCUUCCUGAGAUCAUCACGCUUUCAAAGGAGGUUCGGAAUCUCAAGUGGCUUGGUUUCCGGGUCCCGCUGGCGAUUGUGAACAAGGCCCACCAGGCAAACCAGCUCUACCCGUUCGCCAUCUCGCUGAUCGAGAGCGUCCGCACCUACGAGCGGACCUGCGAGAAGGUGGAGGAGCGCAACACCAUCUCCCUGCUGGUGGCCGGCCUGAAGAAGGAGGUGCAGGCCCUGAUCGCCGAGGGCGUCGCGCUCGUCUGGGAGUCCUACAAGCUCGACCCCUACGUGCAGCGCUUGGCGGAGACCGUCUUCAGCUUCCAGGAGAAGGUGGAUGAUCUGCUAAUUAUUGAAGAAAAAAUCGACCUGGAAGUCCGUUCCCUGGAGACCUGCAUGUAUGACCACAGGACGUUCUCAGAGAUCUUGAACAGGGUCCAGAAAGCUGUGGAUGACUUGAACCUGCACUCCUAUUCCAACUUGCCCAUCUGGGUCAACAAGCUUGACAUGGAGAUCGAAAGAAUACUGGGCGUCCGCCUGCAAGCCGGCCUGAGAGCGUGGACCCAGGUGCUUCUCGGACAAGCUGAGGACAAAGCAGAAGUCGACAUGGACACGGACGCCCCGCAAGUCAGUCACAAGCCUGGCGGGGAGCCGAAGAUUAAAAACGUUGUUCACGAGCUGAGAAUAACCAAUCAGGUCAUCUACUUGAACCCGCCCAUCGAGGAGUGCAGGUACAAGCUGUACCAGGAGAUGUUCGCCUGGAAGAUGGUCGUGCUCUCUCUUCCCAGGAUCCAGAGCCAGCGGUACCAGGUGGGCGUACAUUACGAAUUGACUGAAGAAGAGAAGUUCUACCGGAAUGCUUUAACGCGGAUGCCCGACGGCCCCGUGGCCCUGGAGGAGUCCUACUCUGCGGUCAUGGGCAUCGUGACUGAGGUCGAGCAGUACGUCAAGGUCUGGCUUCAGUAUCAGUGCCUGUGGGACAUGCAAGCCGAAAACAUCUACAACAGACUUGGAGAGGAUCUCAACAAGUGGCAGGCUCUCCUGGUGCAGAUCAGGAAGGCCAGAGGGACUUUUGACAACGCGGAAACCAAGAAAGAGUUUGGGCCGGUGGUCAUAGAUUACGGCAAGGUGCAGUCUAAGGUGAACCUGAAGUACGACUCUUGGCAUAAAGAGGUGCUCAGCAAAUUUGGGCAGAUGCUCGGAUCAAACAUGACAGAAUUCCAUUCCCAGAUCUCCAAGUCGCGGCAGGAGCUGGAGCAGCACUCGGUGGACACGGCCAGCACCUCUGACGCGGUGACCUUCAUCACCUACGUGCAGUCUUUGAAGCGAAAGAUCAAGCAGUUUGAAAAACAAGUCGAGCUCUACCGCAACGGCCAGCGGCUGCUGGAGAAGCAGAGGUUCCAGUUCCCGCCCUCCUGGCUCUACAUCGACAACAUCGAGGGCGAGUGGGGCGCCUUCAACGACAUCAUGCGGCGCAAGGACUCGGCCAUCCAGCAGCAGGUGGCGAACCUGCAGAUGAAGAUCGUGCAGGAGGACCGGGCCGUGGAGAGCCGCACCGCCGACCUGCUGACCGACUGGGAGAAGACCAAGCCCGUCACGGGCAAUCUCCGCCCCGAGGAGGCGCUCCAGGCCCUCACCAUAUACGAGGGCAAGUUCGGCCGGCUGAAGGACGACCGGGAGAAGUGCGCGAAGGCCAAGGAGGCGCUGGAGCUGACCGACACGGGGCUGCUCAGCGGCAGCGAGGAGCGCGUCCAGGUGGCCUUGGAAGAGCUGCAGGACCUCAAAGGCGUUUGGUCAGAACUCUCCAAGGUCUGGGAGCAGAUCGAUCAGAUGAAGGAGCAGCCGUGGGUUUCCGUGCAGCCUCGAAAGCUUCGACAAAAUUUAGACGGGCUCCUGAACCAGCUGAAAAACUUCCCGGCCCGAUUACGGCAGUACGCCUCCUAUGAGUUCGUCCAGAGGCUGCUGAAAGGCUACCUGAAGGUAAACAUGCUGGUGAUUGAACUCAAGUCCGAAGCACUGAAGGACCGCCACUGGAAGCAGCUGAUGAAGAGACUUCACGUCAACUGGGUUGUGUCUGAGCUCACCCUCGGCCAGAUCUGGGAUGUGGACCUGCAGAAGAACGAGGCCAUUGUCAAGGACGUGCUGCUCGUGGCGCAGGGGGAGAUGGCGCUGGAAGAGUUUUUGAAGCAGAUAAGAGAGGUGUGGAACACGUACGAGUUGGACCUGGUCAACUACCAGAACAAGUGCCGCCUGAUCCGAGGCUGGGACGACCUCUUCAACAAGGUCAAGGAGCACAUCAACAGCGUGUCCGCCAUGAAGCUAUCUCCCUACUACAAGGUCUUCGAGGAGGACGCCCUGAGCUGGGAGGACAAGCUGAACCGGAUCAUGGCUCUCUUCGACGUGUGGAUCGACGUGCAGAGGCGGUGGGUCUACCUGGAAGGCAUCUUCACGGGCAGCGCGGACAUCAAGCACCUGCUGCCGGUGGAGACCCAGCGGUUCCAGAGUAUCAGCACGGAGUUUUUGGCUCUGAUGAAAAAAGUAUCCAAGUCUCCCCUUGUCAUGGAUGUUCUGAAUAUCCAGGGGGUACAGAGGUCUCUGGAGAGACUGGCGGACCUGCUGGGAAAGAUCCAGAAAGCAUUGGGAGAGUACCUGGAAAGAGAGCGAUCCUCUUUCCCUAGGUUCUAUUUUGUGGGUGAUGAAGAUUUGCUUGAAAUCAUUGGAAACAGUAAGAACGUAGCCAAGUUACAGAAGCAUUUCAAGAAGAUGUUUGCUGGCGUUUCGAGCAUCAUCCUCAACGAGGAUAACUCUGUCGUCCUGGGCAUUUCCUCCCGUGAAGGAGAGGAGGUCAUGUUUAAAACUCCUGUGUCGAUCACUGAACAUCCCAAAAUCAACGAGUGGCUCACACUGGUGGAAAAGGAGAUGAGAGUCACGCUGGCCAAGCUUCUGGCCGAGUCUGUCACAGAAGUUGAGAUUUUUGGUAAAGCAACUUCAAUUGACCCGAACACCUACAUCACUUGGAUUGACAAGUACCAGGCCCAGCUUGUGGUUCUGUCAGCCCAGAUAGCCUGGUCCGAAAACGUGGAGACGGCGCUGAGCAGCAUCGGCGGGGGUGGUGACGCAGCGCCCUUGCACUCCGUGUUGAGCAACGUGGAGGUCACCCUCAACGUGCUGGCCGACUCGGUCCUCAUGGAGCAGCCCCCGCUGCGCAGACGGAAGCUGGAGCACUUGAUUACAGAGCUGGUUCACCAGAGGGAUGUGACGCGCUCCUUGAUCAAAACCAAGAUCGACAACGCCAAGUCUUUCGAGUGGCUCAGCCAGAUGCGCUUUUACUUCGACCCCAAGCAAACUGAUGUGCUCCAGCAGCUGUCUAUCCAGAUGGCAAAUGCCAAGUUUAACUAUGGCUUUGAGUACCUGGGUGUUCAGGACAAGCUGGUCCAAACCCCUCUCACCGACCGCUGCUAUUUGACCAUGACCCAGGCCUUGGAGGCCAGACUGGGGGGAUCCCCGUUCGGACCGGCCGGGACUGGGAAGACCGAGUCCGUCAAAGCUCUUGGCCACCAGCUCGGACGCUUCGUUUUAGUCUUCAACUGCGAUGAGACCUUUGAUUUCCAGGCGAUGGGCCGGAUCUUCGUGGGGCUCUGCCAGGUGGGCGCGUGGGGCUGCUUUGACGAGUUCAACCGCCUGGAGGAGCGGAUGCUGUCGGCCGUGUCGCAGCAGGUGCAGUGCAUCCAGGAAGCGCUGCGCGAGCACUCCAACCCCAACUGCGAUAAGACCUCUGCCCCCAUUACCUGUGAGCUGCUCAACAAACAGGUGAAGGUGAGCCCAGACAUGGCCAUCUUCAUCACCAUGAACCCCGGCUACGCGGGCAGGUCGAACCUCCCCGACAACCUGAAGAAGCUGUUCCGGAGCCUGGCCAUGACCAAGCCCGACCGGCAGCUCAUCGCCCAGGUCAUGCUGUACUCGCAGGGCUUCCGCACCGCCGAGGUCCUCGCCAACAAGAUCGUCCCGUUCUUCAAGCUGUGUGACGAGCAGCUGUCCUCUCAGAGCCACUACGACUUCGGCCUUCGCGCUCUGAAGAGUGUGCUGGUGAGCGCGGGAAACGUGAAGAGGGAGAGAAUUCAGAAGAUCAAGAGGGAGAAAGAAGAACGAGGGGAAGCGGUUGAUGAAGGAGAAAUUGCAGAAAAUCUGCCUGAACAGGAGAUCCUGAUACAGAGUGUCUGUGAGACGAUGGUGCCCAAGCUGGUGGCAGAAGACAUCCCGCUGCUCUUCAGCCUCCUGUCGGACGUGUUCCCCGGCGUCCAGUACCACCGGGGCGAGAUGACGGCGCUCCGAGAGGAGCUGAAGAAGGUGUGCCAGGAGAUGUACCUGACCUACGGGGACGGGGAGGAAGUCGGCGGGAUGUGGGUUGAGAAGGUCCUCCAGCUCUACCAGAUCACCCAGAUCAACCACGGCCUGAUGAUGGUGGGGCCCUCGGGCAGUGGGAAGAGCACGGCCUGGCGUGUUCUCCUGAAGGCUUUGGAGAGGCUCGAGGGCGUGGAGGGCGUGGCCCACAUCAUCGACCCCAAAGCCAUCAGCAAAGACCACCUUUAUGGAACCCUGGACCCCAACACGAGGGAAUGGACGGAUGGGCUGUUCACACAUGUCCUGAGAAAGAUCAUAGACAACGUGAGGGGCGAGCUACAAAAGCGCCAGUGGAUCAUCUUCGAUGGCGAUGUCGACCCAGAGUGGGUGGAGAACUUGAACUCGGUGCUGGAUGACAACAAGCUUCUGACUCUGCCAAAUGGCGAGCGCCUCAGCCUUCCGCCCAAUGUGCGAAUAAUGUUUGAAGUGCAGGACUUGAAGUACGCCACUCUGGCCACGGUGUCGCGCUGCGGCAUGGUCUGGUUCAGCGAGGACGUCCUCAGCACAGACAUGAUCUUCAACAACUUCCUGGCCCGGCUGCGCAGCAUCCCCCUGGACGAAGGGGAGGACGAGGCGCAGCGCCGGCGCAAGGGCAAAGAGGACGAGGGGGAGGAGGCGGCCUCCCCGAUGCUGCAGAUCCAAAGGGAUGCGGCCACAAUCAUGCAGCCGUACUUCACGUCCAACGGUCUGGUCACCAAGGCCCUGGAGCACGCCUUCAAGCUGGAGCACAUCAUGGACCUGACGCGCCUGCGCUGCCUGGGCUCGCUCUUCUCCAUGCUGCACCAGGCCUGCCGGAACGUGGCCCAGUACAACGCCAACCACCCCGACUUCCCCAUGCAGGUUGAGCAGCUGGAGCGCUACAUCCAGCGGUACCUGGUGUACGCCAUCCUCUGGUCCUUGUCCGGAGACAGCCGGCUGAAGAUGAGAGCGGAGCUGGGCGAGUACAUCAGGAGGAUCACCACGGUGCCGCUGCCUGCCGCUCCCAACAUCCCCAUUAUCGACUAUGAAGUGUCCAUCAGUGGGGAGUGGUCGCCGUGGCAGGCCAAGGUGCCCCAGAUCGAGGUGGAGACGCACAAGGUGGCAGCCCCCGACGUCGUCGUGCCGACGCUGGACACCGUGCGCCACGAGGCCCUCCUGUACACCUGGCUGGCUGAGCACAAGCCGCUGGUCCUGUGCGGGCCCCCCGGCUCCGGCAAGACCAUGACGCUCUUCAGUGCCCUCCGGGCCCUGCCCGACAUGGAGGUCGUGGGUCUUAACUUCUCGAGCGCCACGACUCCGGAGCUCCUGCUGAAGACGUUUGACCACUACUGCGAGUAUAGACGCACGCCCAGCGGGGUCGUUCUGGCUCCUGUCCAGCUCGGAAAGUGGCUGGUGCUGUUCUGUGACGAGAUCAACCUGCCGGACAUGGAUAAAUACGGGACACAGAGGGUCAUCUCCUUCAUCCGACAGAUGGUGGAGCACGGAGGCUUCUACCGAACCUCCGAUCAGACGUGGGUGAAGCUGGAGAGGAUCCAGUUCGUCGGGGCCUGUAAUCCCCCCACGGAUCCUGGAAGAAAGCCCCUCUCUCACAGAUUCUUGCGCCACGUGCCCGUCGUGUACGUGGACUACCCGGGACCCGCCUCCCUGACACAGAUCUACGGCACCUUCAACCGGGCCAUGCUGCGGCUCAUCCCGUCCCUGCGCACGUACGCGGAGCCGCUCACCGCCGCCAUGGUGGAGUUCUACACCAUGUCCCAGGAGAGAUUCACCCAGGACACACAGCCCCACUACAUCUACUCGCCCCGUGAGAUGACGAGGUGGGUGCGAGGUAUCUUCGAGGCCCUGAGACCCCUGGAGACCCUGCCUGUGGAAGGCCUCAUUCGGAUUUGGGCACACGAAGCCCUCCGUCUCUUCCAAGACAGACUCGUGGAGGACGAGGAGAGGCGCUGGACGGACGAGAACAUCGAUAUGGUUGCUCUGAAGCACUUUCCCAACAUAGACAAAGAGAAGGCCAUGAGCCGGCCCAUCUUGUACAGCAACUGGCUGUCGAAGGACUACAUCCCAGUAGACCAGGAAGAAUUGAGAGAUUACGUCAAAGCAAGGCUGAAAGUCUUCUACGAGGAAGAACUCGAUGUCCCCUUGGUCCUGUUCAAUGAAGUGCUAGACCACGUGCUUAGGAUCGACCGGAUAUUCCGCCAGCCUCAAGGCCACUUGCUUCUGAUUGGUGUCAGUGGAGCAGGAAAAACCACCCUGUCCCGGUUUGUGGCCUGGAUGAAUGGUCUGAGCGUGUACCAGAUCAAGGUGCACAGGAAGUACACCGGGGAAGACUUCGAUGAAGACCUUCGGACGGUGUUGCGGCGUUCCGGCUGCAAGAACGAAAAGAUAGCAUUUAUAAUGGACGAGUCCAACGUGUUAGAUUCCGGGUUCCUGGAGCGAAUGAACACCCUUCUGGCCAACGGGGAGGUCCCCGGCCUCUUCGAAGGAGACGAGUACGCCACUCUGAUGACCCAGUGCAAAGAGGGGGCCCAGAAGGAGGGCUUGAUGCUGGACUCGCACGAGGAGCUGUACAAGUGGUUCACCAGCCAGGUCAUCCGCAACCUGCACGUCGUCUUCACCAUGAACCCGUCCUCGGAGGGGCUCAAGGACCGUGCGGCCACCUCCCCGGCACUUUUCAACAGGUGUGUGUUGAACUGGUUCGGGGACUGGUCCACGGAAGCGCUGUACCAGGUGGGCAAGGAGUUCACCAGUAAGAUGGACCUGGAGAAGCCAAAUUACAUUGUGCCUGACUACAUGCCGGUCGUGUACGACAAACUGCCGCAGCCGCCGUCCCAUCGGGAAGCGAUUGUAAACAGCUGUGUGUUCGUUCAUCAGACUCUUCACCAGGCUAAUGCUCGGCUAGCGAAGCGCGGGGGCAGGACGAUGGCCAUCACGCCUCGCCACUACCUAGACUUCAUCAACCACUACGCCAACCUGUUCCACGAGAAGCGGAGCGAGCUGGAGGAGCAGCAGAUGCACUUGAACGUCGGGCUCAGAAAAAUCAAGGAGACCGUCGACCAGGUGGAGGAGCUGCGGCGCGACUUGCGGAUAAAGAGCCAGGAGCUGGAGGUGAAGAACGCGGCCGCCAACGACAAGCUGAAGAAGAUGGUGAAGGACCAGCAGGAGGCCGAGAAGAAGAAGGUGAUGAGCCAGGAAAUUCAGGAGCAGCUGCACAAGCAGCAGGAGGUCAUCGCGGACAAACAGAUGAGCGUCAAAGAGGAUCUCGACAAGGUGGAGCCUGCGGUCAUCGAGGCCCAGAACGCUGUGAAGUCGAUAAAGAAGCAGCACCUGGUGGAGGUGCGGUCCAUGGCCAACCCGCCCGCCGCCGUGAAGCUGGCGCUCGAGUCCAUCUGCCUGCUGCUGGGCGAGAGCACCACCGACUGGAAGCAGAUCCGCUCCGUCAUCAUGCGGGAGAACUUCAUCCCCACCAUCGUCAACUUCUCCGCAGAGGAGAUCAGCGACGCCAUCAGGGAGAAGAUGAAGAAGAACUACAUGUCCAACCCCAGCUACAACUACGACAUCGUCAACCGGGCCUCCCUGGCCUGCGGCCCGAUGGUGAAGUGGGCCGUCGCACAGCUCAACUACGCGGACAUGCUGAAGCGGGUGGAGCCCCUACGCAAUGAGCUGCAGAAGCUGGAGGACGACGCCAAGGACAACCAGCAGAAGGCCAACGAGGUGGAGCAGAUGAUCCGGGACCUGGAAGCCAGCAUCGCCCGCUACAAGGAGGAGUACGCGGUCCUCAUCUCGGAGGCCCAGGCCAUCAAGGCAGACCUGGCCGCCGUCGAAGCCAAAGUAAACCGGAGCACCGCUCUCCUGAAGAGCUUGUCCGCUGAACGUGAACGAUGGGAAAAAACAAGUGAAACUUUCAAAAACCAGAUGUCCACCAUCGCCGGGGACUGCCUCUUGUCGGCCGCCUUCAUCGCCUACGCGGGUUACUUUGACCAGCAGAUGCGCCAGAACCUGUUCACCACAUGGUCCCACCACUUGCAGCAGGCCAACAUCCAGUUCCGCACAGACAUCGCGAGGACCGAGUACCUCUCCAACGCCGACGAACGCCUCCGCUGGCAGGCCAGCUCCCUGCCCGCCGACGACCUGUGCACGGAGAACGCCAUCAUGCUGAAGCGCUUCAACAGGUACCCGCUGAUCAUCGACCCCUCCGGCCAGGCCACAGAAUUCAUCAUGAACGAGUACAAGGACCGCAAGAUCACGCGCACCAGCUUCCUGGACGACGCCUUCCGCAAGAACCUGGAGAGCGCGCUGCGGUUCGGGAACCCCCUUCUGGUGCAGGAUGUGGAAAGCUACGAUCCAGUUUUGAAUCCGGUCCUGAACCGCGAAGUUCGGCGGACCGGGGGGAGAGUGCUGAUUACCCUCGGCGACCAGGACAUAGACCUGUCACCGUCAUUCGUCAUCUUCCUGUCCACGCGAGACCCGACCGUGGAGUUCCCACCAGACCUGUGUUCCCGGGUCACUUUUGUCAACUUCACAGUCACCCGUAGCAGCUUACAGAGCCAGUGUCUGAACGAAGUGCUUAAAGCAGAAAGGCCUGACGUGGAUGAAAAGCGUUCCGAUCUUCUCAAGCUUCAGGGGGAGUUCCAGCUGCGCUUGCGUCAGCUCGAGAAGUCUCUGCUGCAAGCUCUGAAUGAGGUCAAAGGGCGCAUCCUGGACGACGACACCAUCAUAACGACCCUGGAGAACCUCAAGAGGGAGGCAGCCGAGGUGACGAGGAAAGUGGAGGAGACGGACAUCGUCAUGCAGGAGGUGGAGACCGUGUCGCAGCAGUAUCUGCCGCUGUCCACCGCCUGCAGCAGCAUCUACUUUACCAUGGAGUCCCUGAAGCAGGUGACCGCGGGGCCGCCCACCGCGGGACGCGCCCGCGCUGGGCCCUCCGCCUGCCACCGUUCUGGGGCUGCCCGCCGGCGUAUGAAGGGCUCCAAGAGACCAAGAGUCUCCUAUUACUGCGUUUUUAGUGGCUGCAGAAGUGAAUCUGAGACCCUCGCUAACUCGUUGCCCUCUUCCAGGGAGCCCACCUACGAUGCCGAGUUCCAGCACUUCCUGAGAGGGAAGGAGAUCGUCCUGAGCGCUGGCUCGACGCCCAAGAUCCAGGGCCUGACGGUGGAGCAGGCCGAGGCCGUUGUGAGGCUGAGCUGUCUCCCUGCCUUCAAAGACCUGAUCGCAAAGGUCCAGGCGGACGAGCAAUUUGGCAUCUGGUUGGACAGCAGCUCCCCAGAGCAGACGGUCCCGUACCUCUGGAGUGAAGAGGCCCCCGCAACACCCAUCGGCCACGCCAUCCACCGCCUGCUGCUGAUUCAGGCCUUCCGCCCCGACCGCCUGCUGGCCAUGGCCCACAUGUUUGUGUCCACAAACCUCGGGGAGUCCUUCAUGUCCAUCAUGGAGCAGCCACUCGACCUGACCCACAUUGUAGACACAGAGGUAAAGCCGAACACGCCUGUCCUGAUGUGCUCCGUGCCCGGGUAUGAUGCCAGCGGGCACGUCGAGGACCUGGCAGCGGAACAGAACACGCAGAUCACUUCCAUCGCAAUUGGCUCCGCCGAAGGCUUCAACCAAGCAGAUAAAGCAAUCAACACAGCCGUGAAGUCGGGCAGGUGGGUGAUGCUGAAGAACGUGCACCUGGCCCCAGGGUGGCUGAUGCAGCUGGAGAAGAAGCUGCACUCGCUGCAGCCGCACGCCUGCUUCCGGCUCUUCCUCACCAUGGAGAUCAACCCCAAGGUGCCCGUGAACCUGCUCCGCGCAGGCCGCAUCUUCGUGUUUGAGCCGCCCCCGGGGGUCAAGGCCAACAUGCUGAGGACAUUCAGCAGCAUCCCCGUCUCUCGGAUCUGCAAGUCUCCCAAUGAGCGGGCUCGCCUAUACUUCCUGCUGGCCUGGUUCCACGCCAUCAUCCAAGAACGCUUACGAUACGCACCCCUGGGCUGGUCAAAGAAGUAUGAGUUUGGGGAGUCUGACCUGCGGUCGGCCUGCGACACGGUGGACACGUGGCUGGACGACACGGCAAAGGGGCGGCAGAACAUCUCGCCGGACAAGAUCCCGUGGUCCGCGCUGAAGACCUUGAUGGCCCAGUCCAUCUACGGCGGCCGGGUGGACAACGAGUUUGACCAGCGCCUGCUCAACACGUUCCUGGAGCGUCUGUUCACGACCAAGAGUUUCGAUAGCGAAUUUAAGCUGGCCUGCAAGGUGGACGGGCACAAGGACAUUCAAAUGCCUGACGGCAUCAGGCGAGAGGAGUUUGUGCAGUGGGUGGAGCUGCUCCCCGACACGCAGACGCCAUCCUGGCUGGGCCUGCCCAACAACGCCGAAAGGGUCCUGCUCACCACCCAGGGCGGGGACAUGAUCAGCAAGAUGCUGAAGAUGCAGAUGCUGGAGGACGAGGACGACCUGGCCUACGCCGAGACGGAGAAGAAGGCCCGGACCGACCCGACGUCGGACGGCCGCCCGGCCUGGAUGCGGACGCUGCACACCACCGCCUCCAACUGGCUGCAGCUCAUCCCGCAGGCGCUGGGCCACCUCAAGCGCACGGUGGAGAACAUCAAGGACCCUUUGUUCAGGUUCUUUGAGAGAGAAGUGAAGAUGGGGGCUAAGUUACUUCAGGACGUCCGCCAGGACCUCGCGGACGUCGUCCAAGUGUGUGAGGGGAAAAAGAAGCAGACCAACUACCUGCGCACACUCAUAAACGAGCUGGUGAAAGGGAUCUUACCUCGGAGCUGGUCCCACUACACGGUGCCCGCGGGCAUGACCGUCAUCCAGUGGGUGUCCGACUUCAGCGAGAGGAUCAAACAGCUGCAGAACAUCUCUCUGGCGGCUGCGGGCCGCGCGCACGGCCAUCGCCCCGCCGCCGCCCCGUCCCGGCCUCGCCCGAGCGGCAGUAAGGGCCCGCCCUCUCCCCAGGUGACCCUGCCCGUCUACCUGAACUUCACGCGCGCAGACCUCAUCUUCACGGUCGACCUCGAGAUCGCCACCAAGGAAGACCCUCGCAGCUUCUACGAGCGCGGCGUCGCCGUCCUCUGCACGGAGUGAGCCCCACCCCCGGGCCCUCUUCUGUCUAACUAUUUAACGUCUCCUCGGAAGGAGCAGGUCGUGGGGGGAGGUUGGAGGACACGGCCUGGCUGUGCUCGGGAAUAAAACACUAAGCGCCACCCA